GACUACAAAACCGCCGGACGUGAGGCGAUCGCUAGAGAAAACCCGGUGGUCAAGGCGGCUAAGAUGGUCAAAGUUUGAAUUUUUUUUUUUUUUAAAUUAUUCGAUCUCAAAAACCGUUUGAUUGAUUAAAAAAAAAAAGAAAACUUGUGGUGGCCGGUGGUUCGAAAAGCUCCGAUCUAUUAAACGAUGGGAAGAAGAGAUGCUCGGAGAGACAUCGAUUUGAUUGAUAGGUGGUGGCUGUGUUGUAAAACGAAAGAUCAGAGAGAGAGAUUCCUCCCUCCUCCUCUGUUCAAUCAAAAUCUGAACCUCAUUUUAUUUUUUUUCCUUUUUAUUUUAUUUAAUUUGCUUAAUUAUAUUAGUGAAUGAUUAUUAUUAUUAUCAUUAUUGUGGCUUUACAGUUUCAUGAAUUUGCUUUCUUUCGGAUGUACGAUCUUCUUCUUGAUGAUCAUCGAGAAAUGUGUAUGUAGGGAAAAAAGGAUUCGGUAGAAACGAAAAGGGGUGGUUUGGUCA